AUGGAACCACUUCGGUUCAAGAAAUAUACAGACGAAUGCUGCAAGAUAAUAGAGGUGGAAUUAGAAUCUGCCACCGAUGUCUUUCUUGUUCAUUUGGUUCGUACUAUGCAUCUUGCCGAUAGAAUUGUUCACACAAUUUGCUUCGAUGAGUUCGAUUACCCGGGGCUCUCAGGUCCGCUGGGCUUGAGUAUACGAGGCUUCGAGCCUGACCUCCGAAAGAUGAAAACCUCGUUCUCCUGCGAGUCACCUUAUUCAAGUAAGCCUUCUAGUCCAUUUUUGACUCGAAUACCACCUCAUACUAUAUACAACGCAGAUAUACUCAAUCUCCAUUACGAUACAUUGGAAAUACUAUUAUAUCAAGUUGCUCUCAGCGAGGAACUUUCAGAUGCUGAGUGUAGUGGCUAUACUCUCACACGGUUGGACAUUCUCUUCCGCUGCCUUCAAGCGACAAAGUCAUUUUUCAAUGGUUUCAAUUCACUCUCGUCUCAUUGUUUUACCUAUUUACCUUUCACUAUCUGGUGUCAAUUUGGCCACGCGGUCGUCGCCCUUUCUCGUUUAAGCCUGUUCCAGAGCGAAAUCGGAUGGGACCUUGAAUAUGUGCAGAAUACAAUUGACUUUAAUCAAACGAUCGACCGACUAAUGCACAAACUCGAAGGUGCUCGACAGCUCAUCGAGCGAGAAUCUGGCCCACAGCCCACAGCUCAAUUACCCGAGGCCUUUGGGAGACUUUCAAAUAGGAUGCGCCUCAUGAAAGAAUGCCAUCGCCAAAGGAAGGAGGCCUUAGACAAAUCCCGGUCCCAAGAAAUACCAGACCCGGCUGAUUUUGACCUCCUGUUCAACAUGUCGUUAGAUACAUACUUUCCGUUUGACGAUUUUCUGGCGCUCGGCGAAGGUGCGGAAAUCCCACAGAAUUUGUAG